CAAAAACACUCGCGCAAAUUUCCACUGGUGUGCUAUCUCUGGUGGAUUUCUCACCAUAAAUUCCAACUGUGGGUUUAUUUUUAAACCAGUUGUCUCUCGAGAGCGCACCAGGAGACAUCGUGGGCACUUUUCUGCUAAGAAAUCGCGAGUGAAAGUGAAUUUGUUUGGAUUUUAGCUGUUGACGUGGCGCCUAACACAAAAUGACAGAAAAGUGGGAAAAUAAUGAAGAAAUCAAAAUCUUCAGGGAAUAUCUGAGGAUUCCCAGCGUUCAUCCCAAUCCGGAUUAUGUUCCUUGCGUUGACUUCCUGCGCCGUCAGGCUUCAUCCCUCGGAAUGGACUUCAAAGUCUUCUAUCCCGUGAACGAGAAGAAUCCUGUUGUUGUCCUCAGUCUGAAAGGAAGUGAUCCCUCACUGCCGGCAAUCCUCCUAAACAGCCACAUGGACGUCGUUCCCGUUUUCCCAGAGAAAUGGUCGCAUCCUCCCUUCUCUGCCCAUCUGGAUUCCGACGGGAAGAUCUUCGCUAGAGGAUCCCAAGACAUGAAGUGCGUAGGGAUGCAAUUCCUAGGAGCAUUGAGAGCUCUCAAGAAAGACGGAAUUGUGCUCAAAAGAACAAUCCAUGCAUCCUUCGUGCCAGAUGAGGAAGUUGGCGGGAAGUUGGGCAUGGCAAAAUUUGUCCAUACUGAAGACUUCCGCUCUCUGAAAGUGGGAUUUUCUCUGGACGAGGGGAUCGCCAGUCCGACAGACACUUACCCCGUGUUUUAUGCAGAACGUCCCAUUUGGCACGUUUACUUUGAAUGCUCAGGAACUCCGGGACACGGAUCGCUAUUGCACAAGAACACGGCUGGGGAAAAGGUUAGGUAUCUGAUUGACAAACUAAUGGACCUCCGUCAACACGAAGUGAAGCGUCUGGAGAAUAAUCCUGAACUACUAAUUGGGGACGUGACUACAGUAAAUCUGACUAAGAUAACGGGGGGUGUCCAAUCAAAUGUUGUUCCUCCUUUGCUUACAAUUGGUUUUGACAUCCGUUUGGCUACAGAUGUCAACCACGACGACUUCCUGGAACAAUUGAAGAAUUGGUGCAAGGAAGCCGGAGGGGGCAUUGAAAUAACUUUUGAACAGAAGGAACCUCCAGUCCCAAAAACAACCCUGGAUGCUUCCAACAUCUACUGGACAGCUUUCAAGGGGGCUAUUGAUGAGCUGAAGUUGAACAUUCGCACUCAAGUCUUUCCCGGAGGAACGGACAGUCGUUACGUGCGAGAGAUUGGAAUUCCUGCCAUUGGAUUUUCACCCAUGGGCAACACUCCGGUUCUCCUGCACGAUCACGAUGAGUUCCUCCAAGCAGACGUCUAUCUCCGGGGCAUCGAUAUCUUCAAGAAGAUCAUCGACAAAGUAGCCAAUUGCUGAGUUACGCGCCAAUCAUUGUUGAUUUUUUUUAUUCGACUUGUUUUCGCUCUUUACAAUCUUUACAAUCGCUUAUCAUUUUUUGUAAUCUCUAUUGCAACAAUAAAAGUUAACUGGGAGAAUUGUUAAAA